AGGAAACUACAGAAGAGAACAACCCAGUAGUAUGGAACCAUGAUCUACGAUUCAGUUAUGGAUACCUGGCUAAGUUCCCUCGCAUGCAGCUAAUCCAUGAGUUCAUGUGGCAGGCUUUCUUUGGUGUCAAAGACAAACUAGUUAACUAUAAGAUAGAAUAUGAAGUAGAGCAUGCUGGGAUUGUUAAGACAGGGUCCACUGCGACUGAAAGCUUACCUAAUGAUCAAACGAACCGCAAUGCCUCAGAUGUGGAUACUGAUAAAGGGGAACCGCAAACUCAACUGACUCAAGCAAGUACUGAAGCAAUUCACACAGAAAUGAGCCAGCAGUCAAACAGCACAGCACCUCCAGUAGUUCCCUCUGUUCAAGAAUCUGUUGCAAAAUCAGAAGAUAUUGUACAGAAAAACAAAGCAACGAAUACUGGUGAACUUACCUCAGAGACGCACAAUUAUGGAUGGAUUGGUCAGCUUCAGCCAUUGCCAACUUACGACAAACCACUUGGUUGGGUUAAGUUGAAUGAUUUUUUAAAGAUUAUGCCUUUGUCUGUGUAUUGUAAUACGGUGGGGAUUAACAGGAAGGUGGAUGGUCUAGAUGAGUACUACAAUGACCCCAUUAAGAUACACACGGCCUUUAAGGACCUGCCUGACAAAAUCAGAAGGAAAUUGAAGUACAAAGGGAGGUACAAGGAUGCAUUUACUGAGAUUUUCAAUAAUUUGAUGCGUGCUGGUCUGGUUAUGGUUGAAAGGCCWGUACCUGGUGAACGAUUACAGGUUUGUAGUUUGAUUGACAGAUUGAAUUGCUCUAGUUCAUUAUGAYGUCACAUCAAAACAUUCUAUUGUUUUAACGCUAAGGAUUAUGGUCGCCAGAAGGG